AUGAAGCGUGAGGAGAUAAUAAAGCAAAGGGAUAUAUUGCGCAAAAUAUCUCAGGCUAGCGAUGCUAUCCGACAGAAACAUAAAAUGUUAAAGUUGGGUAAAGAUACCGCUGAAAAGGCCAUGAGCGAGAUGUUUAAGCCAAUAGUUACACCUUUGCAAAGUCUAGUAGACUCAUCACCACCAACAUCAAAACAAAAAAUUAAAGAAGAGAUCAAACAAGAGAUCAAACAAGAGAACUCAUCGUUAAAGGAUUUAUCUGAGCAUGGCAACGAUGAUGAUAAUGAUGAUGAUGAUGGUCAGAGUUUAUACGAUAGUAUAAUUUCCCAAAAUAAUACAGGUGCAAGAAGCAAAAAUCUUGAUGACACACUUUUAUCAAGAACACCUACUUCAACAAGUACGCCAGCUAAAACGGGUGAUUUAUCGAAAAGUUACAUAAAUAAAUUCAAUAGCUUCAGUAAUGAAAUAGAUUCACGGUAUGGUGUACGCAGAAAGUUUAAUAAAUUAUUUAUCGGUGAUUCUAAUAUUGCAUUUAAGGAUAAUAAAAUUAUGGUUCAAGAUAAAUCAUAUCCAAUGACUUCUGGGCUAUUAGAACUAUUAUUUAAAAAGUCACCCAUUGACUCGCUUGUCACACAGAAUGACCGAAAGAAAUACUUUGAAAUUCUUGAAAAAACUAAUACCCACAGAAAACAUUACAAGGCGGAUGGUGAAAUUUUUAUCGAUUCAACAGCGAAAUUUGAUAAUUAUAUUGCUGAUUUUCUCGCUAAGCACAAUUACUCAUCAUCUGGAAAGGGAAUACCAAAUUUAAUGAUAGCAAGAAAGAAGAAAACACCCAUAGACUAUGUAUAUUGGGAUGAUCCUAAUGAACUAAUUGAUCGUCUUCGUCUUCUCAUGGCUUCUCAAGCAGCUGGUAAUCCGAGUCAUACGAAUGGAAUAAUUUCAAUUAUUGAAGAGUUACGAGAGGCUGAAAUUAUUUAUUAA